ACCGGCUUCUUCAAAGACGGCUACUGCCGCACCGACUCCUCCGACUCAGGAAACCACUCCAUCGCCGCGACCGUGUCCCAAGAAUUCCUCGACUUCACCUCCAAAAAGGGCAACAACCUCUCCUCGGCCGGCGUCUCCGCCAAUCAAAAAUGGUGUCUCUGCGCUUCCCGCUGGAAAGAAGCCUUCGCGGCGUUUGAGAAUGGGGAGCUGAAAGCGGAGGGUGUGCCGAAGGUGCAUUUGCAUGCCAGUCAUGAGAAGGCGUUGGAUGUGGUGGAUUAUAAGACGUUGAAGAGGUUUGCGGCGCAGGGGGAG